AUGUACUCACUGAACAUCACUUCUGUAAUGCUGUUCUUUCAAGAUUUUACGGGUUCACUUGCUAUCAAUUGGCCUGGCUCAGAAGACUCAACGGAUGACCCAAGCAAUAUGCAUAGAAAGCAUGACCAGCUACAGCCAAUCUGUCUGUACGUGGUCAAUGCCCAUGCGGUGUAUACGCUCGUUGGAUGGAUGGAUGAGAUGAUCCGUGCAAUCCAAUUCAAGACAACGAAGACAACCAGCCAUGGCGAGGCUUCUACAGGGAUUCUCCAUACCUCUCCUAGUGUGUCUGAUAAUUACGUCAGAAGAGAUCCGAAAGACAGUCGUGAAAUGAUCGAAAUCUACAGACGUGAUGCCCCAGAAAGCCAAGAUCAAAGGCAAUGGCAUUACAAAGAGCAAAAGAUGAUGUUUCCAGAACAUUGGCAGACCCCCGAGGGUAUUGAUUGGAUAUGCUGCGUCUGA